AUGACAGCUUUUUUGGACAAGGGCAAACAACCAGAAGGCGGACGAUUUCUUGCAUUCGACCACGUCACAUUCUGGGUAUCGAACGCAAAACAGGCAGCAAGUUACUAUGUAACCCGUUUCGGCUUCGAACCUGUGGCCUACAGUGGACUGGAGACUGGGUCGCGUAAAACGGUCUCUUACGUCGUAAGAUUGAACAAGAUAACGUUUUUGCUCCGUGCACAGUAUCAGCCCGAAGAGACAGAGUUUGUCAAAGAGGUGGCUUAUCACGGAGACUUCGUCAAAGACGUCGCCUUCGAAGUGGAGAAUCUUGACUACAUCUUAGAGUGUGCGAGGAAGCAUGGCGCUAUAGUUGUCCGCGAUCUUUGGGAGGAGAAAGAUGAGUUUGGAGUUGUGAGGAUGGCUACUGUAAAGACGUUUGGCGAUAACACACAUACAUUAGUGGACAGAUCCAAAUAUCGAGGAGUAUUUCUGCCAGGAUAUCAGACGUUGAGCCCAGAUCCCAUAAGCAAGUAUUUGCCAAAAGUGGAAAUAAAGUUCAUCGACCACGUGGUGGGCAACAUGACCGAAAAUGGAAUAGAAAACGCUGCAAAUUGGUACACUAAAUGUCUACAGUUUCACAGAUUCUGGUCUGUAGAUGACAAGCAGGUUCGCUCUGAGUUCAGGGCAUUCCGUUCCUUGGUGGUAGCAAACUGGGAGGAAACAAUCAAGAUCCCCAUCAAUGAGCCUGUUUCUUGUGAACGCCAGAGUCAAGUCCAGGAAUAUGUGGAGUAUCAUGGCGGCGCCGGUAUUCAGCACAUUGCUGUCUACACUGAAGAUAUUAUAAGCACAGUCGAAAACAUGCGAAAGCGUGGCGUCGAAUUCCUCACCAUACCACCAAAAUAUUACAAACUCAUCAGAGAACGACUCCAGAAUAGCAAAGUGAAGGUGGCCGAGAGCAUUGACGCCUUGGAGAGGUUGCAUAUCCUCAUUGACUACGACGAUGAGGGAUAUUUACUGCAAAUUUUUACGAAACAUGCACAGGACAGACCUACGCUCUUCGUUGAAGUCAUACAGAGGAGUAAUCAUAAUGGUUUCGGCGUGGGUAACGUCAAGGCACUCUUUGAGUCCUUAGAAGUGGAACAAGAGAAACGUGGAAAUAUAUAA